GGAGAGCGGAAUGCGUGAGCUCAGUGUACCUCAUAUGCACUAUACAAACUUCCAAACAGCAAACUGGUUUAUUGUUGCAUUAGUGUAUGUUAUAUUGUUAUGCUACUGAUAGUUUUAAACAUUUUUUUUUGCCGAAAUUGUAAACUUCAUUGAAUCGACAAUAAUCGUUUACGCGAAUCGCUUGAAACACUAUUUGGAUUCGUGUGUUCUUCGAACUCACGUUAUGAGUAAGUUUAUUUUAUUUAUAAUAAGUGUUUCGUUAACAAUCACCUUUAUACAUGGCGAUUGUUGGGAUACGGCCUGCCAAUCCAAAUCAUGGGUGGGAUGCAAGCACUACGACAUGGUCGAAAUCAACCGUGCCGCGUGCGACGAAGGUUACGUGUACUCUUGCUGUAGCAAAAGUGAAAACAUUAGUCCUGCGAUAGACAUCAUUACAAAAUCCGACCAGCAACUGUCGGAAAAAACGUGCUGGGACACCGGUUGUCAGCUAAACUUGUGGGCGGUCACGGGAUGUCAACAGUACGGUAUGGUAGAAAUCCAAAAGACGCCGUGUGACGACGGUUUUAUAUAUUCUUGUUGCGGUCCGAAAAAAAGCGAUAAAACUCAGUUGUCGACUUCGAGUGGAGAACCCCAAAGUCAGCUCAAAAGAAAAUGCUGGGACACCGGUUGCCAAUUGAAAUCGUGGGCGGUCACGGGAUGUGAACAGUACGGUAUGGUCGAAGUAAAACGGGCGUCGUGUGACGACGGAUUCGUUUAUUCCUGCUGUAGUCCGGAACAAAAGUUCUAUACUGAUGUGGGUUCUAAGUCGGAAGCGGAGCCAAAGAAAACCUGUUGGGAUACCGGUUGCCAAUUGUCGUCGUGGGCCGUAAAAGGCUGUGAACAGUACGACAUGACCGAAGUGAAACGAGUGGUCUGCGACAAAGGUUUCAUUUAUUCGUGCUGUAGUAAAGAUAGAGUUGAGCAAAAACUGUCUUCGGUCGCGACGAACACACUCGAUCAAGAACCGAAACAAGCUUGUUGGGACACUGGUUGCCAACUGUCGUCAUGGGCUGUAAAAGGCUGUGAACAGUACGACAUGACCGAAGUGAAACGAGUGGUCUGCGACAAAGGUUUCAUUUAUUCAUGCUGUGGUAAAAAGAUAGUUGAAAAAAAUCCAUCUUCGGUCGCGUCGAAUGCACUCGAUCUGGAGUCGAAGCGAACUUGUUGGGACACCGGGUGUCAAUUAAAAUCGUGGGCGGUUACUGGAUGCGAGCAGUAUGACAUGGUUGAAAUCAAACGAGAGACGUGUAAAGAAGGUUACGUUUAUUCUUGCUGUAGUAAAAACAAAAUCGCAAGUAUCCAAUCUACUGAUGUAGCAGAGUCGAAUUUGAAACUCGACCAAGAGCCGAAACAAACCUGUUGGGACACCGGCUGUCAAUCAAAAUCGUGGGCGGUUACUGGAUGCGAGCAGUAUGACAUGGUUGAAAUCAAACGGAUGACGUGCGACGAGGGGUACAUUUAUUCUUGUUGUAGCAAAAAAAAAAGCGAAAAAAUCAUGUCUGCAGUUUCGGCGGAUUCUAAUCCUAAACCAAGCGAGGAGCCAAAAAGAAUUUGUUGGGACACUGGUUGUCAACCAAAAUCAUGGGCGGUUAGAGGAUGUGAACAAUACGGUAUGGUCGAAGUCAACCAAACUCAGUGCGACGAAGGUCUCGUCUAUAGAUGCUGCAGCCCAGACAACAUCGAACCCAGAUUGUCUGCAGCUACGACAAAUUCAAAAUUAGAACAGGAACCUAAAAAAACAUGUUGGGACACGGGUUGUCAACUGAAAUCAUGGGCGGUCAGAGGAUGUGAACAAUACGAUAUGAUGGAAGUCAAACGGAGUAACUGUGACGGAGGAUUUGUCUAUUCUUGCUGCAGCAAAGACAUAACUGAAAACAAGUCUUCUUCUACAAGCGCAUCCAAGCUAAAUAGUGAACCCGAUGACCAGGAUAAAAAAAAAUGUUGGGAUACCGGUUGUCAAUUAAACUCUUGGGCUGUCAAGGGUUGCAAGCAGUACGAUAUGGUCGAAACCAAACGGAUGGAGUGUGACGAAGGAUUUAUCUAUUCUUGUUGUGAAAAAGAAAAAGUUCAAAUAAUUUAUCCAUCGACUGCAACGUCAUCAAGUGUUGAUGAAGAACCGCGACAGAGUAACGACGAUGACGAUGGCUAUGUACAAUGUUGGGGAGAAGAUUGUCCACCGAAUCCCGCAGAAUAUUAAUAUUGGACUACAUUUUUUGUAUAGUAAUUAAUUAUAAUAUUUAUUAUAUGUGUAAAAAUAUGUAUGUAAAAUACAAAUGUGUAAUAAUCGAAA